UGGUUUUUCCCUUUUCUCUAGCAUCUGUGUUUUACAGCCUUCUAUAAUGAGUCUGAGAAUCAUCGUUGUUCUGGCGGUGCUAACUGGGGUAACUGGGAGCCCCGGUGUGAUGAUCAGGCCUGAAGCUGACCCUGCGGACAUGACGGCUCAUCCCAACAGCGUACCAGAGACCGUGGAGGACUCCGAGAUCUAUAGACAGGAAGUACCAGUGGAAGAGGAGGCUGAAGAGGAUGUGAUGGCGACUGGAGAGCUGAAACCCAAUCACUACCAAGCUCAGAGGGCAGCCAAAGUGGUCCAACACUACCUCAACACCCACUACGGCUCGCCCUUCAGGCUGUUUGGACUGCACAAGGUCAACAGUGGAAACGCAGAGGAUGUGGCAGACUCUGGAAGAAAGUAUCAGCUGGAGAUCUCAGUGCAGGAGAUCAUCAGUAAUACGACAGAGAAUUGCUCUGCAGAGGUUUUGUUUCCGAGAGGAGAACAGCAGCGCUCGCCAAAGGUCCAGGCCUCGUGUGAGGAGCUCCUUAAAAUCAACUCGACGGCUCAGGAGGAGGCCUUGUUCCAAAAGUACAAAACGAACCAACGCCUGCUAUCGGCACAAAAUCUACCUGACAGCUACGGUCACAUUGAGCCUGACAGCGAGCCGCUCUGGCACCUCGGCAUUGUGGCCUCCAGCUUUGUCAUGCUGAAUGAAUCCUCUGAAAACACUCUGUACAACAUGGCUCAGGUAGCCAACAUCACACAGCUGGCGACUGAGAACGAACUGCUGAAGUUUGACUGUCAUAUACUGCUGCAUGAAAUGGUUUCCCAGGAAAUCGUUCACUGGAAGCUGCUGUUCACCUGGUCUCCUCCAGAGGGAGUCAAAGUGCUUCAGAUGGAACAGCUGCCUCACUGCCAACAUCAUGAAAAACCUCCCAACACAAACUAAACUGCUGACAUCCUUCACAAUGCUAAAACAACAAGAACAGCGAUGCUCCCAUCUUGUAUUCAAAUAUAGGAGCAUAAAUGCUGCAUGUAAAAAAACAUCAUAUAAUGAUGAUAUCCUUAUAUUGUGCUGCGUUUGUAGUACUUUUGGUACUGUAUUUUAGUUAAAAUAAACUGUUUGUACAGUU